AACGACGCCGUAGAUGCCAUUCUCGCUGCCCCACCAAAGAAAGGCAAGGCAGCUAAGCUUCCCGUAGAAGCUCUCUUUCGUCCCACCCCCACGUUAACCAAGACCCAACUGCAUCCGACAAAACAUAAAGUUACCUACCUAAAAUCUAAAAUCACGACAAAAAAAAAAGAAUACAUUUCAGACGUCGACAAUAUCAACCUUCUAGGAAUACGACACCGUUUUACGACACUGCUAUUGUUUCGCUUGCCUUGAGCGCCCAUCGCCAUGGAGCAACUCGCCGCGACGCUUCUAUCGUUCCCUGAAUCCAAAUGUGCCGAUUCCAGCCUGGUCGACAACGUCACUUUUGAUACCGCAGCGAAGCUCCAUGUUAGCAGGCUUUCAAAGUUACUUAAAGAUCAUAACGCCUCACUGGUUGCGCAUGGCCCUCGACUCAUCGACAUACUUGACCCGGCCGUACAUACCUUAUCGUAUCUCGCCGUUCUUCAUACCCUCACCCUUCCCGCCCUAGACUCAUCUAUUCCUCGUGAUACUCUUCUGAGCAAGUUUGUGCGCUUUCUAUACGUCUUCGACGCGCGCCAGGCCCGAUAUGCUAGAAGCCAUUUGCAUGACAUCUUGCUUGCCGCUGGAAGUGGUCAAUAUCUGCCGCCAUCAGUUGCUGUCGGUGCUCUCGCAACAGCUAUCCUGAGACUUGACCCGACCGGAAGCAUGCUCACCAUGUCCCAUUUUCAACUUGUUAAGCUUGCCUACCAGACAAACAACAUCCUACCAGCCCUUCCAGUACUCGACAAGAAUAUCGUAUACUACCCCGGCAUGGCCAACUACGGCGAGCCCAAAUUCCUCUGCGAUCUAUCCUUACCGCCCCCAGCCUACCUCUCUCGAGAAACGGGGCUCACUACUAACUUGAAAUCUUCCAUCGUCUUAGAAUAUGAUAUAUUUCGUGGUAUGUCAUAUUGUAAUUUAAGAGAUUGGGCGAAAGCCUAUGGGGCCUUUGAGAGGGUCGUCACAUAUCCUACGCGCGAAGGUGGCAUAAGUAAAAUCAUGGUCGAGGCUUACAAAAAGUGGGUGUUGGUCAGCUUGCUCUCUACAGGAAAGCUUUCAGACCCCCCAUCAUACACGGGGGCCGCGGCGAGCAAGCUCUAUGGAAGUAUCGGAAAGCCAUACACAGCGCUCGCAGUGCUAUUCGUAACCGAUAAUGCCCAGGGACUAAAGGCCGAGGCUGAGAAGAACACACAGAUAUGGUUAGAAGAUGGAAAUACCGGGCUGGUUCAGGAAGUCCUCGCGGCGUAUCAGAAGUGGCAGGUUCUGGGCCUAGAGCAGAUCUACUCCAAGAUUUCGCUCUCCGAGAUUCGCAAACAGACCACAAGUGCGGAGACAGGAGAUGUGCUCCAGAAGGACGAGGACGUGCAGACUCUUGUCCAAAACAUGAUAAUAUCCGGUAUGCUAAACGGGGUGGUCGAGAAGAACGACGACGGCACGGCUUUCCUUACCUUCCUAUCCCCGUCUACGCACCUUUCGGAGAAGGAGUUCGCUACGGAGCUCGCUGGAACGGCAGCCCGGUUGAAGCAACUACAGCCUAUCUUCAAAACGACAAAGGAACGCCUAGGCACAAGCAAGGAGUACAUCAAGCAUGUGACCAAGGAGAAACUGCGAGGCGACAAAAACGAGCCGGAUCCAACCCUCGCAUUCGAUGCCCACGUGGAUGACGAAGAUUUGAUGGGCGGUGUGAUUGCUACUGGCUGAGCGUAGCUAUGUCGCUUCUUACCACCCAUUCGGCGAGCGCGUUGGACUGGAACUCGAAUAUAUUUUAAUUAAGCCCGAGAUUCGAGGCUGAAUUCAUUUUCUUCGAAUCUUGGAGAGGUAGACGGCCGCUAAGUUAAGUUGGUUUGGAGAGGGGUCCGAAAACCGACAUGUCACGAUUGCGCGUUCUUAUGCGGCGGCGUUUAGAGGACGGACAUUUGCAUCUGCAGGCAGCGGUGCCUCAUGGAUAUGGCUUGGAAUGCCAUUUUAGCCAGAGAUGGACGACAGUUAAGAAAUCGUCGGACCUCUCAGCUUGUUAGAGACACUAGCAGGAUUAAGAAUAAACGCACUGAUAUCCCAUUUAC